AUGUUAAAUAAUGAUAUGGAAUUGGCGCCUCAAAUCUCUCAAUCUCAGGGGUUCGAGACAUCGAUGGCAAUGGUUGACACUAUGGAAGACUCGGGUCUGCACUCACUUACGCCAGGAGAUGAUUCUUCGCUACCAUCGCAGUUGACUCCUCAAUUGGUUAACAGUACGAGCGUGGACUUACAACCAUAUACGUCGACUGAGUUCUGGGAGGCAUGGUUGGCUGAGUUAGUUCCAAUGGCCUGUCCUGACUCUCCCGCAGGUCUAGGGGCUCCCAUUGCAACCCCAAGCAAUGACCUUUACCACAACUUGAAUGGGCUGGUGCCUGUCACACCUGAUCUGCAUGAUCAUCUUGAUGAGAGCGAGGUUCCCGCAGGACUAUUUGUUUCCAGUACCCCAACGUCAACCAGCAUUGCGAUCAAUGUGGACGACAUUGCCACCGGCCUAGAGAACAAGGAUUCAGAGCCCAAAGUGAUUGAGCAGAUAUUCAGAUUGGAUAGCUUUCCCGCAUAG